GUGGCAGUAGGGAUGUAAUCAGACAAGCAUACGAGUCCCUGGUUUGAAAAAGAGAGCACUGAAAAGAGGUUGGGCCAAGCACUCCAAGGCAGCUAAAGCUGUGAAUGCAACCAUCAUGGGACUUCUGUGGUUUUGAUACAGUUUUAUCUAUGUUCUGACUGAGAAUCCAGGAGAAAGAGAGCAAAAAGCUUCUGUGCCAUCUGGAUGAGUUCAUUUCUUUAAAGGGCAGCCUGAAACCCCUGAUUUCUGCUACUUAGCCGCUUUUGAAGUAGUCCUACGAAAACCUCUUACCCAUCUUUGACCCUGAAGAAGAAACUGAAAUGCUCUUUCUGAUCUAAUGAUCAGGUGCAAUUGAUGUGUGUGUACUCACACAGUUACAUUUUUUAAGCCUUACUUUUUUACAAGCUUUUUUUUUUAAAAGAAAAACGUUGAUAUUCUUGGACAAGUCUUCUGUGAAAAAAUAAACUGAAGAUACAUUGGAUAACUUCUGCUUGAAGUUAGUAUUCCUUUGUGGAAUUUUCACAGAUAUACAGGCUACUGUAUACUUUUUUGAAAGACCACAGAUUAACUUUAUCUUUGUGUUCUUGAGAAGUUCCCAGCCAUAUCUAAUUCUAGUUCUCUGUAUAAAUCAAGGAAUCAAUUAUGUGCCAGAAUAUGGCUAGGCCUUUCCUUUCUGGCUGCCCACUUCAAUUAUUGGCUAUGAGUCUACUAGCAAUGUUUUUUUGUGCCAGCACUGUGGAAAAUGAGAAACAGGAAGAGAGAAGGAACCAGGAAAAGGCAUCCCGAUGGAAUGAAACGAGCAGUCUUCCCUUGCCAUCAUCCCAGGACUCAGAAAAUACUCCACAAAAGAUUCAUAGCUCUGAUUCCCGGAAUGCUUGGAUGCUCCUCAUGAACAACGAAGUGAGGAGCAAAAAAAUGAAUAAAAACAAGUCCAGAAAGAUUAAGUUUGGCAUUCCAGGCCUGUUAGAGGCUGCAGAGUCAGCACAACCUCGUCCAAAUACUAUUACUCAGGAGAAAUUGCUGAGGGAAUUCCAGCUGCUGCUUAAAGGAAUAAUUAGGAAGCAAGAAAAGAUCAAUAUGAAAACCACCAGCAAAACGUGCCAGCAUGGAGAAGAUGGAGAUGGAAAAGAAGAGAAUUUCUUUCCCCAAAAUAGGGUCCCAUUGAUAAAAAGCAGGGAACAAGGACGAAUAGAAGCAGCAUUCCACUGCCAGACCCGGAAGAACAUUUCAGUGGAUCGACGGUCCCUUCAAGAACUUCAGCUUUAUUAUAUACCUAAGAAAGAAGAGCUAUUUCAUCGUGGCCUAGGUCUUAACCUCAACAAUGGUCAAUAUAUGGCCCCUGUCAGUGGAUACUACAUUUUCAGUGCUAGACUGUAUGUUGUUCCUCAAAUCCAUCCCACAAGGUACCAGUCACGGGCCCGAGAUCGCUUGCGCUUGCUGAUCUGUGUCGAGUCACUCUGCCGCCAGAAAAGUUCUCUGGAAACAGUCAGCAGUUUGGACAAAACCAGUGAAUAUUUCACUAUUUCAGUCAGUGGAAUUCUUUUUCUGCAGGCUGGCCAGUAUGCUUCAGUUUUCAUAGAUAAUGCAACAGGAUCCUCCUUCAUUGUACGAAGUGGGUCAGACUUCAGGGGUGUCCUCUUAGGUAUCUAAGUGACCCACAACUGCCCAUUUUUAAGCUGAUAUCCUGCCUUUAAUCAGCUGUAAGCUAAGCUUCUGUCUUUUGGUCAAGUGGAAUUGGAAUCACUAGAAGGAAGCACAGACCCUUGAUUAAACAUCCAAAGGUGAAAAAUGUGAUUGUAGAAAGAGUUCAGCAUGUGGCAGAAUAUCCAAAGGAAGCAAGACCACAAGUGACAUUUGACUGAAGACAAUUUAUAUUUUCCUCUAGCACUAAUUUUGAAAUUUGACCCUUCUGCUUCCUAGAUUACCUUUGGAAGUGGCUCUCAACCCUACUUUAAUCCCAAGGAUAUAUAAUACUUGCUGUUCCCUCCACAACAGAAUGCCUUUGUAAAACAUUGGCAUUUCCUGAAGAUACUGUCUUAUCAGCUCAUAGUCUUUCAUUAAGGGUAUCAAACACUUCUACCACUCUGCACAUACGUACUUAAAAGAAAUCCUCCAGUGUUUUAA